GGAGCCUGUGGCACGUGUAUGCAUUACCGGGCUGGUUGUAAAUUCUCCUAACUUUUGUGAAAAUGAGUAAAAACCUAUUUGACGGGAGUUCCGAUUCUGAGACUGAGAUCACUGAGUUUAAAACUAAUCGCGAGUAUGCCAAAUCUUAUAACAAAUUCCGUGAAAAGGAACUACUGAAAAGAUUAAAAGACCGGGAUAAGGAUAUUUCCGAUUCAUCAAGUGACGAUGAUUCUGAAAGCUCAGAUGAGGAGGUUGUUAUCAACAAGAAAUUCGAUGAGGAGUUCUUCAAAACAUUGGCAUCGUUGAAAAGUAAAAAUCCGGAAAUUUAUGACAAAAACACGAAAUUUUUCAAGGACAUUGGGAGCGAUGAUGAUGUUGGAAAUAAAAAGGAGAAAAAGAAGAAAGCAAUGACCAUUAAGGACUAUGAGAGAAAAGUUAUAUUGGAAAAAGGGGGGAAAUAUGAGGAUGAUGAUGAUACUGACAAUGACACGAAGGAAAACGCUCGUGCUGAUUCUCCAUCAUAUGCUGAUGAACAGAAAAAACUUCGCCAUGAGAUAAAAAAAGCACUGGAUUCAGAGGAAGAUGAAGAAGAAUUUGGCGGAAUAUUCCGAAGGCGAGAGAAAACAAAAGAAGAGAAGGAAAAGGAGGAGGAAGAACACGCUGUAUGGCUUGCAGGUAAGAAAGAAGAAAUAAGCGAGGACGCCGCGAAAACAUUGAAUCCUUUGAAGCAAUACUGGUCCAAUCCCACUUUACCUAAACAGGAACAAUUUCUUCGUGACUACAUUCUUAGUAACGGAUAUCAGAAUAAAGAUCAUGACGAAAUUCCCACAUACGAUGAAAUCGUUGGAAAUUUCUCCGAAGAUGAAGCAGAACUGGAAAAGCAAGCAGAAUUUGAAGAAAAAUAUAAUUUCCGAUUCGAAGAGCCAGACAAGGAGUUCAUCAAACGCUAUCCGCGAACCAUAGAAUCCACCGUUCGAAGAACGGAUGAUAAACGUAAGCAAAAACGUGUUGAAGUAAAAGAACGUAAACUUAAGGAAAAAGAACAAAAAUUCAAAGAGCUUGAAAUGCUAAAAGAAAUUAAACGGAAAGAGAUCUUAGAAAAAAUUGAAAAGUUAAAAGAAGUAACGGGUAACGAAGAGUUACCCUUCAAAGAGGAAGAAUUAGACGAAGAUUUUGAUCCUGAAGCACACGAUCGGCGUAUGCAAGAAAUUUUCAAUGAAGAAUACUACGGUGAAGAUGAAGGUGAAGACAAACCGGACUGUCCGGACAUCGAUGAAUUGAAAGUGGAAGAUUGGGAUAAUUUUGAUCCAAAACACGAAGAUGGUGAAAAUGAUGAUGACUACGAGCCACACUGCGAGGAUGAGGACUUCAAUAUGGAUUGCGAUUAUAAUCCUGAAACUUCUAAGCAAGCAUUACAGGAUGAACUGAUCGAAAGUACAAAAGGCCGGCGAAAACGAAAACGGAGAAAUCAAUUUAUGGAAAUGAUCAAGAAAGAGAAACCUGUCUUUAAUCCCGAGGAUGAAAAAUCUUAUGCGGAAUAUAUAGACGAAUAUUAUAAAAUGGAUUGCGAAGACAUUAUCGGCGAUAUUCCAUGUCGUUUUAAAUACGUGGAGACGACUCCCAACGAUUUUGGUUUAACUAUAGAAGAGAUUUUGUUAGCGAAAAACAAGGAACUCAAUCAAUGGGUUAGUUUGAAGAAAGCUAUUCAGAUACGACCAGAACACGUAGAACAGCGUGAUCGAAAAUUGUAUAAAAUGAAAGCAAAAAAUGAAGCCUUGAAGAAAAAGAUAUUCCGCAGUAUAUACGGACCUCCCUCGGAUGAAGAAGAGGAAGAAGAAAAUGCAGCAGCUAACAGCAGUGUAGAAAAGAAAACCGCUGAAGGCGCGACAUCAGAAGAAAAUAAUGCGAAAAAGAAGAAAAAGAAAAAGAAGAAGCAAAAAACUGAUUCAGUUGAAGAUGCGAAUAAGGAUCAAGUGGAAAAACCAACAAAUAACAGCCAGACCGAUGGACUGAAUGGAAUCAACGGUAAACUUGAAACGAAUCAAAACGUUGAAGUAAAUCAAGUACACGAAACUAGCUCAGAAAAUAUAAAUGGCUCGCAAGCUGAUAAGAAGAAAAAGAAAAAGAAGAAGAAAAAAGGACAAAAUGAAACAAAUGACGCAGAAAAAGGCAAAGUACCUGAACGACAAGAAACCACGAAUAGCAAAACAAAUAAAAAUGCCGGCAACAAAAUCCACAAUGCUAAGAAUCCAUUUCAAAAUACCAGGAAUCCCCAAAAGACCAGGAAUCCCUUCCAAGGAAGCAAUAAAAAGAAUGAAAACAAUAUUUACAAUAAAAUGUCGGACGAAAGACUCAAAGCUUAUGGAAUUAAUCCAAGGAAAUAUCGGAAACAAAUGCAAUUCGAUAGUAGAAAUCAAGCAGCAAAACAUAAUUCUAAGAAAAAGGAGAAAUUCAAAAGAAAAUUUAGUGAUAAAAGUUAGAUAAUGUGUAUGUGUGAGAUUAUCAUUUUGUCAAACAAUAAUACAUUUUUU